GUUCGUUUAGCUGCUGCGGCCCUAAACUUCUUUGUUCGUCAAGGGCGGCGAGCUCUUCAACAAGGUCGCCAAGGGCAGGCUCAAACAAGACUCUGCUCGCAAAUAUUUCCAUCACCUGAUCUCAGCUGUCGCAUUUUGCCACGCCCGUGGCGUCUACUACCGCGAUUUGAAGCCCGAUAACAUUCUGAUAGACGAGGAUGGCAAUAUGAAGGUUUCCGAUUUUGGGUUGAGCACAAUUUCAGAGCAGAUCAAGCAGGACGGGCUGUGUCACACGUUUUGCGGCACACCAGCUUAUGUAGCUCCCGAGCUUCUGGCCAGAAAAGGGUACGACGCAACGAAGGUAGAUAUAUGGUCUUGUGGGGUAAUUUUGUUUGUUCUUUUAGCAGGUUAUUUACCAUUCCAUGAUCAGAACGUCAUGGCAAUGUAUAAAAAGAUUUACAAGAAUGAAUUUAGGUGUUCGGGAUGGUUCUCUAAUGAACUGGUCCGACUCUUGACCCGAUUACUUGACACUAAUCCAGCAACGAGAAUGACAAUCCCGGAGAUAAUGAGUAAUUAGUGGUUCACGAAAGGGUUUAAGCACGUUCAGUUCUACAUAGAGGAUGAUAAAUUUUGCAGUGUUGUUGAUGAAGUGGAGACAAAUGAGUUAAUUGAUUCUUUAUCCGAUUUAUCUGAAACUGAGUCUGAGACAGAGAGUAGGAGGAGGUUGAGCAGUUUACCCAAGCCUACAAGUUUGAAUGCAUUUGACAUUAUUUGGAAUUGCUGAAUUCAAAUAGAAGCGUAGAAGAAGAAAGAAAAAGGGAAUCCCGAAUCCCAAGCCCCUCUGCCUCUUUCCCUGCUUUCACUCUCUGCUUCCUUCGUCUCUCACAGAACCAGUCAAUCGGCUCUUCUUCUAAUCGCACAAUCUGUCAAUCGGUUCUUGAUUCAGCGGUUAAAUCACCUCUACUCUUGAAUUCGGAAUCCCCCCUUGUUCUUCUACACAGGUCUUUCGGAUAACUUAGUCUGAAUCUAAUGUUUGAUUAACAUUUUUUUUAAUGGGUAGUGAUUUCAUUCCCAGCAAAUUUCAACAACAACUUACAAUCUUAGAUUCAAAAACCACAUUUGAGCCGCCUCUCCAAGAGCACAUCAAAUGACACAAAUGAUUCCUCAUUUUUGGCCUUUUUAAUCUCUCAUGUUCUGCUUACAACAAUGCCUAUACAUACAUAAGUUAUCUCUCUUUGUUACAGUGUAAUAAAAUAUAAAAGCUCUAUGAAUAUCUUCCGAUUGUGGUAUUAAUGGGCACUUAAAUCUAUUCCAAGCACGGCGGAUGAUCAUCACGUGGUGGAGCUCCUUGACCGAAGCCCCACGACAGCUUCCACUGCUUUUCGCCAAGAAUUGAUUACUGAGACGGAAUCGUCAGGAACGAGUCUCUCCAAUGAUUUAUCAAUGUUUGGACUCGGUGACAGAGUGGGCCGCCAGAAAAGGGAGCUGCUUGCGGAUCACCGCCCCACGCAACUGCGGGGCGCCGUUGCCAAACCAAACUACAGCGGUUUAGCGGGGCAAAAACGCCCUGCUUAUAGGGCGAGAGUUGAAACGAAGCUUCUCCGUGGAAGAAGAAGAUGUUAGACCUAGACAGACAAAUAGAACAGCUCAAGAGAUGCGAGCCGUUGAAGGAGUCCAAAGUGAAGUCUCUUUGUCUCAAGGCUGUGGAAAACCUCGUUGAAGAAAGCAACGUUCAGAGAGUCGAUGCCCAGUCACUAUUUGUGGUGAUAUCCGUGGGCAGUUUUAUGACAUGAAAGAGCUUUUCAAAGUUGGCGGAGAUUGUCCAAAGACCAAUUAUUUGUUUCUAGGAGACUUUGUUGAUAGAGGAUUUUACUCUGUGGAGACCUUUCUGCUUAUGCUUGCUCUUAAGGUGAGGUAUCCAGAUCGCAUAACAUUAAUCAGAGGUAACCAUGAGAGCCGCCAGAUCACACAGGUAUAUGGAUUCUACGAUGAAUGCCUGCGGAAAUAUGGCUCUGUGAACGUGUGGAGAUAUUGCACAGAUGUAUUUGACUAUUUAAGCCUGUCAGCUCUAAUUGAGAACAAAGUAUUUUGUGUUCAUGAUGGUCUGUCUCCUAAUAUAAAUACAAUAGACCAGAUUCGAACAAUUGAUCGAAAGCAAGAAGUGCCACAUGAUGGUCCCAUGUGUGACCUGCUAUGGUCUGAUCCAGAAGACAUCGUUGAUGGUUGGGGUUUGAGUCCUCGAGGUGCAGGUUUCUUGUUUGGGGGCGGUGUUGUCUCAACAUUCAACCACACAAACAACAUAGACUACAUAUGCCGUGCUCAUCAGUUGGUAAUGGUAGGAUAUAAGUGGAUGUUUAGUCAUCAGAUAGUUAUUGUUUGGUCUGCUCCGAACUACUGCUAUAGAUGUGGGAAUGUUGCAGCAAUUCUUGAGCUUGAUGAGAAUCUAAACAAGCAGUUCCGUGUGUUUGAACCAGCUCCCCAGCAAGAAGCAAGAAGGCCUCCUGCAAAGAAGCCAUAUGUGUAGUAGAAUCCAGAUUUCGGGUCAUAGUAACAACUAUUGCUCUUGAUGUAAUAGUAGCCUGAUGAGCUGUCAUAUUCCCCCAACCUUCAGAAACUAUAGGAUCUUUAGCACCUGCUCGGGCUUGAGCUACUCCUUUUGAUAGUUGUGUUGGGCUUUUGCUUCAAUGUGUUCAGGAGCACGAGUUGCUUCCUUUUGUUCUUUCUCUUUUGCACAACUUUUAAGCUAAAUGAAUCGUCCCGUGAAUGUAAGUUUGUUUGUGUUGAUACCCAGCUUUAAUAAUGUGAGCAAUGUUUUAAUUUGUCUUGUUUUUUU